CGCUAGAAGCAGCUUGUUCGAAAAUGUUCCGAAACUGUGAAAACAUGCAUUAGCAUGUUGUAACGAGUCAUCAUCAAUCUACAAUCAAAACACAACAGCUUUUUCCGCAGACCGGUGGAGUACCUAACAACGAUCUUAUUACCGGAGAAAAAAAGAAUGUCAUCGUUGUAAUCGACGCACAUAUCAAAAAAUAUUGCCGCACUAUAAACGUACCAGAUCCGCUGAGAGGGCUGUUCAGUCAAUUAAAAAUCGUGAAAGCAAAUGGUUCGUAAUCUACCCCGAAAAGUGUGCCAGAUUUAAUUCGUGAACUUCGAAUCUUACGAGUGCUUGGUGCCGGUGACGUGGGAGUUUGGGAUACUGAAUGGAAGUGACCUGAAUUAGUGCAGUUUGGUGUAGUUUUGUGAAUACGUGAAUUUUAGUUUAACACACAUUGGCACUCAAUAAGUAAUAUUGUGAUUGAUUUGAAGGGUGAAACUGUGUAAUGACGUUUGAAGAUUUCUGCGGAGGUCCCUUUUGGGACGACAGCCUAACAUGGCGAUCAGAGGAUCCCGAUCUAACAUUCUGCUUCCAAAGGAUAAUUCUGCAAUGGGUUCCCUGCUUCUUCUUGUAUGUGUUUUCCGUCUACGAAGCGUACAGGCUAGCAACGAGUCACUAUCGGGACAUCCCUUGGAAUUGGAUUAAUUGCUCUAAAAUUGCUAUUUCAUGUAUUCUGAUGAUACUUUCGUGGAUCGAUUUGGGAAUGGUUGUUAACGAACAAACGGAUGUGUUUGACGUUCAAAUACUUGUAGCGAUCUUCAAUGCGAUAGCUUAUAUCACCACCAUCGUGCUCUAUUAUUUCUUCCGUAAGUACGGCAUUCGUACCUCCGGAACAAUCUUCAUCUUUUGGUUCCUCAAGGCGUUCCUCGGAAUCGUACAAAUAAGAACGGAGGCAAUAAACCAUGCACAACGGGACUCCCCUAUCGGCUCAAGUGACACCGUGGUCUUCGCCGAGUAUCAGUUCGUCAGUUACACUCUACAGUAUUCCCUCAUCUGUUUGAUGGUCCUAAUGGAAACUCUACCGGAUCAAGCGCCACGCUAUAGCGACUUCCCGAAGAAAAAAAAUCCUAGCCCGGAAUUGAAUUCAAGUUUUAUCGUAAAACUACUAUUCCUUUACUUCGAUGCGUUUACCUGGCGAGGAUUCCGCAAACCAUUGACCGAUGACGACAUGUACGAUCUCAAUCCGGAGAACACCUCACGCGAAUUAGUACCGCCGUUCGAUAAGUACUGGUACGAGAGUGUCGAGAAGGCACGACGUAAACAGAUGGCUGCCGAUAAAAAGGAAGGCAAAGUUAAUCUUACUCAAAAACCAUACGCAGCAACUAAUGGUUCGAUUCUACCGGCGAUGAUUAAAGCGUACGGUGGACCAUUCUGGUUCGCUGCUAUGCUACAGUUUUGUUUAUCUGGACUGCAAUUUGCCUCACCUUAUCUUAUGCAAGAGCUGAUGGCCAACAUCGCGAUCGAUGGACCCUUCUGGAUGGGCAUGCUUAUCGCUUUUGCACUCUUCGUAACUGCCUUACUGAUAGCUUUGUUCAAUGGACAAUACUACUUGAACACAACCGUGGUCGGAUACCGCAUUCGAACGGGACUGAUCAGUGCAAUUUAUCGAAAAGCAUUGCGUAUUUCCAGCUCAGCGAAAAAGGAUACCACGGUUGGAGAAAUUGUUAACUUGAUGGCCGUGGACGCACAACGGUUCUUCGAGUUGAUGCCAUAUGUGCAUGUGCUGUGGUCGGCGCCGUUGAUUAUCGCGUUAUGCAUUUACUUGCUGUACGAUAUUCUAGGUCCAGCUGUGUUUGCCGGGCUAGCGGUUAUGGUGGUGAUGACUCCCAUUACUGGAUACAUAGCGGGAAAGAUGAAGAGCCUUCAGGUGCAACAAAUGCGCAUCAAGGAUGAACGAGUCAAACAAAUGAACGAAAUUUUAAGCGGUGUUAAAGUGCUCAAGUUGUACGCUUGGGAACCCAGUUUUGAAAAGCAAAUUAUCGACGUACGGUUAAAAGAAAUUAAGAUUCUUAAAAGUGUGGCAUACUACAAUGCGGCUACCUUCUUUUCUUGGAGCAUGGCACCGUUCCUGGUUACGCUUGCCUCGUUCGCCGUCUACGUUAUGGUUGACGAAAAUAAUGUCCUUGACCCACAAACUGCAUUUGUUUCGCUAGCGUUGUUCAAUGUUUUACGAUUCCCACUCGCUUUGUUUCCCAUGAUGAUCACGUUCGCGAUGCAGGCUUGGGUGUCAAUAAAACGAAUAAACAAAUUCAUGAACAGCGAAGAGAUAGAUCCAAACAAUGUGACUAACAACCGAAGCGAAAAUGCACUGUUAAUUAAGGACGGUACGUUCUCCUGGGGAGAUGAGACACCAACGCUGAAGAACAUCAACUUAGCUGUGAGCAAGGGAAAACUUUCCGCGGUAGUUGGAAGUGUCGGAACAGGAAAAAGUUCACUGAUAUCCGCCUUGUUAGGAGAGAUGGAAAAAACUAAAGGCACAGUCAAUACAGAUGGGCGAAUUGCGUUCGUGCCGCAGCAGGCGUGGAUUCAAAAUGCGACACUUCGAGAGAACAUUCUGUUCGGGAGAGGAUUUGAUGCUCAGAAGUACGAUCGUGUGCUUGAAAGUUGUGCUUUGAAACCUGAUCUGGCUAUGCUUCCUGGUGGAGACUCAACGGAAAUCGGUGAAAAAGGAAUUAACCUAUCGGGUGGACAAAAGCAGCGUAUUGCCUUAGCCAGAGCAGUGUACGCCGAUGCGGAAAUCUACCUGUUCGAUGAUCCUCUCAGUGCAGUUGACGCUCAUGUCGGUAAACACAUCUUCGAAAAAGUAAUUGGACCACAAGGAAUGUUGGUUGGUCGGUCACGGCUCCUGGUCACUCAUGGAAUAUCCUUCCUACCGUACGUGGAUGAGAUUUUCGUCAUGAAGGAUGGAGAAAUCUCCGAAAGUGGUACCUACAAGCAACUGCUCGACCAAAAAGGUGCAUUUGCAGAAUUUCUCAGUCAACACAUACAAGAACUGGAUGAGGAAGAUGAUGAGCUGCAAAUCAUUCAGGAAGUUUUGAACGACGAUGUCAUUCGGAAUAUCGUCCAACGGACACAGUCUGUUCGAUCGAAUAGGUCCAACGAAAGCGGUGGAAGCAAACGGAGAAAGAAGAUCAGCCGUCAAGAAUCUCGCAUGAGUAACAGACCGCAAGUGCCACAAGCUGCUGCGGCAGUUGGAACUGUACUGAUCCAGAAGGAAGAAUCCGCCACUGGAGGAGUUAGUUACUUAGUCUAUAUGAAAUACUUCAAAGCAAUAGGAUGGAAUCUAGCAUUCUGGUCCAUUUGCUUCUGCAUACUUAAUCAAGCAUCGGCAUUAUAUGGCAACAUAUGGUUAACCGAUUGGUCUGAGGAUCCUAAAGCUGCCACCGAUCCGUCUGUUCGUGAUAUGUAUCUUGGGGUUUACGGUGGCCUCGGGGGAUUACAGUCGAUUGCUUUACUGAUUGCAUCGAUUACUCUAGCACUCGGGUGCCUGAACGCAGCCAAUAGAAUGCACAACAAUUUGCUGGAAAGCACACUACGAAUGUCGAUGUCUUUCUUCGACACCACACCACAAGGUCGCAUCAUGAAUCGCUUCUCCAAAGACGUAGAUGUAGCAGAUAACACCCUCCCCAGUUCAAUUCGAUUGUGGUUGCAGAUGUUCUUCAAUGUGGUUGGCGUGUUCAUCGUGAUCGGCAUUUCCACACCAAUCUUUCUAGCAGCUGUGCCGGUGUUCCUCAUCAUUUACUAUAUAAUUCAAAAACUUUACAUUGCCACCUCUCGCCAGCUGAAACGACUGGAAUCCGUCACCCGAAGUCCGAUUUACUCACAUUUCGGCGAAAGCAUUACUGGGCAGUCGACUAUUCGCGCCUAUGGCGAACAAAAACGUUUUACUGUUGAAUCUGAACAACGGGUGGACUAUAACCAGUUGAUGUCGUAUCCUAGUAUAAUUGCGAAUCGAUGGUUGGCGAUACGGUUAGAGAUAAUUGGGUCACUGGUAGUUUUUCUCGCAGCAUUGUUUGCCAUGCUAAGUCGUGAUACUAUCGGAUCCGCUACGGUAGGAUUAUCAAUCACGUAUGCACUAAAUAUUUCCACUGUCCUGAGUUUCCUAGUGCGGAUGACCGCUGAAGUAGAGACGAAUAUCGUAGCCGUUGAACGUUUGGAAGAAUACACUGUAUUACCUCGAGAAGCAGAUUGGAAUAAAGGAACCGUCGAUAAAUCUUGGCCUGAUCAAGGGAAGGUAGAAUUCGCUGAUUAUAAAAUUCGUUACCGGGAUGGUUUGGAUCUUGUUAUCAAGGGCAUUUCAUUGAGAGUCGAAGGUGGAGAGAAGAUUGGUAUAGUAGGCAGGACGGGUGCAGGCAAAUCUAGUCUGACUUUAGGAUUGUUCCGUAUAGUAGAAGCGGCUGGAGGAAAGAUUGUAAUCGAUGGUUUGGAUAUCUCGCAGAUGGGACUUCAUCAGUUGCGAAGCCGUCUCACGAUAAUACCUCAAGAUCCUGUGCUGUUUUCUGGAUCGCUACGUAUGAAUGUGGAUCCGCUCCGAAGCUACUCGGACGACCAAGUUUGGAGGGCUCUAGAGUUAUCUCAUCUCAAAUCAUUUGUAAAAGGAUUGACGGCAGGUUUAGAGCACGAAAUAGCAGAGAAUGGUGAGAAUCUAUCUGUUGGUCAACGGCAGCUGAUUUGUUUAGCGAGAGCCAUCCUUCGAAAAACUAAAGUUCUCAUACUGGAUGAGGCAACGGCGGCAGUCGAUUUGGAAACUGAUGAUCUAAUUCAGAAAACAAUUCGAUCGGAAUUCGCCGAUUGUACCAUUCUGACCAUUGCCCAUCGACUGAAUACAAUUUUGGACUCGGAUCGAGUAUUGGUGCUCGACAAGGGCCUCGUAGCUGAAUGUGAUAGCCCGCAGAAGCUGUUAGCCGACAAAAACUCUAUAUUCUAUGGUAUGGCGAAGAAUGCGGGAAUCGUGAGCUAAUCAAAUCAGAGAGCUAGGGAUUGGAAUCUCGACUGGGAAAAUACAGCGGUAUAUUUUCGAUCCUUCAUCAUGUAUGGAAUACGCGGGCCAACAUUCCGGUACAUCGUAGAUUAGGUUAGAGGCUAAUAGUUCAAAUAUUUUGAAUUCA